UUCACUGCCGCCUUGCCGCCUUCCCCUUCCUGCUAUGGGUGCUGUGGGUCCGGCUCUGCUGCACUUGCAAAACGAAAGCACUGACGAAGUGACGCGCCGUCUCCCAUCCUUGCAGCCCCUGGCAGCAUGUGCGCACAGGGCACUGGGUAGAUACCAGACACACUGGAACCCCCUCCCAUUGCUGCUCACACCCCAUUGAUGCCCUGCCUCUGCCCCAUCCCGUGCUGGGGAUUUCCUUAAGCAGGAAGCAACCUGCAGGGAUAGCACAGAUCGGUGCAGGGUCAGGUAAGGGAUGCUCCCCAGUAGGGACACAGGGACAUGGGGGAAUGGGGAAGUGGGGAUGUGGGGAUAUGGAGAUGUGGGGGUGGUGCAGCUGUGGCUUAAGGCAAUGGCUUUGGGUUUCCAAGGGGGUUUCCAUGGGGCCCUGCAAGCCGAGUGGGAUCCAGGGUGAAGGGCAGGGUGCUGGGAUGCAGACACCCAUCCCAGCAUAAGUGGAACUGUCAAGGAGGGGAGGGGAGGGAAGGGGAGGCCUCUGUGAGGGGCCGGGCAAGGGACGGCCCCAGGCGCACCCGUCAUGCCUUACUGGAAACAUCUGGCGAGCCUGGGCUGCGGGGGCGAGUGCUGGCUGCACACACAUGUGCACCCAUGCACAUGGAGAGAUUUGUCAGUAGAUACAUGCAUGCACACUCAUGUGCUUCUACACACACACAUAUAUAUAAGGCACAGAGGUUUGCAGAAGCACACUUAAGUAUGCAUGCAUCCAGAUGCGUGUACACUCAUGCACACAUAAGUACACAUGUACAGAUGUGCACACACAAUUGCUGCAUGGACAUAUGCAUGGACACUCACAAAAGGGACACAUGUGCACAUGUAUGUGCACACACACAUCUGUACCACGGUCACGUUACUCGCACACAUCCCUGCCAGCUCCCACGACCAUUCCCAAGUGCCAUCAUUGUGCCGUGCCCUGGCAGUGUGGGAUCCACUGUGUGCAGCAUUCCCGGUGUGCUGUGCUGUGCUGCGGCUGGGUGUGAACAGACGCAUGUGUGUGCAUGCCCCAUCUCAGGAUGCCUGCGCUUGUGUGGCCCACACAUGCCCACGUUUGCAUGUGUGAGCCUGCGUGGGGCCCACGAGCCUGUGGGCUGCAUGUGCAUGCGUGUGCAUGCUUCUACAUGUAUGUGCAUUGUUAUGCACGGGCGUGCACUCGUGUUUGUGCGUGCCCGGUGCCCCCGCUGCCCCCGGUGCCGGUACCGGAGCAAACCGCUGGGGAGCGCGGAGGCGCCGGGAGGCGGAGCGCGGCGGCGGGGGCGAGAGGCGGUGCCAGCCCCCACCGACCUCCAAACUUUCAUUAACUCGGCAGCACCGGCGGUGGCAGUGGGCACUGGGCCUGGCGUUCACCGGUAUCGGUACCGGCUACGGACCGGGCGCGGCGCGGCGGCGCCUCAGUGGGCCCACCCGGUGCGGCGGGAGGGGCCGGGCGGCGGCAUGGGCACGCUUGCUCUGACAGUGGAUUGAAGCGUGCAAGUGCCAGCGUGACGGAAAGACGGCGACCCCGCAGCGGGCAGCUGGCAUUGCGCUCCAGCCUCCAGGGAUGGCCGAGAAGUGCAGCGAGGGGCUGCUGAACGGCGCCGUGCCCGGGGAGCGCAGUAAGCAGGACAAGAGCGUCAAACGUGGCAACUGGGGCAACCAGAUCGAGUUUGUGCUGACCAGCGUGGGCUACGCCGUGGGGCUGGGCAACGUCUGGCGUUUCCCGUACCUCUGCUACCGUAAUGGGGGAGGUGCCUUCAUGUUCCCCUACUUCAUCAUGCUGGUGUUCUGCGGCAUCCCUCUCUUCUUCAUGGAGCUUUCCUUCGGGCAGUUCGCCAGCCAGGGCUGCCUCGGCGUCUGGAGGGUCAGCCCCAUGUUCAAAGGCGUGGGCUACGGGAUGAUGGUGGUGUCCACAUACAUCGGGAUCUACUACAACGUGGUGAUCUGUAUUGCCUUCUACUACUUCUUUGUGUCCAUGACGCGUGUGCUGCCCUGGACGUACUGCAGCAACGCCUGGAACACGCCCGACUGCGUGGGGGUGUUGGAUGGGAACCUCUCCAGCCAUGCUGCUGUCAACCUCACCCGCCUCUUCAAUGCUACCCAGAAGCGCACCAGCCCCAGCAAGGAGUACUGGAGGAGGUACGUGCUCAACCUCUCAGAUGACAUCGGGAACCUGGGCGAGGUGCGGCUGCCCCUCCUGGGCUGCCUCGGCGUCUCAUGGGUCGUCGUCUUCCUCUGCCUCAUCAAAGGCGUCAAGUCCUCGGGAAAGGUGGUGUACUUCACGGCCACUUUCCCCUAUGUGGUGCUCACCAUCCUCUUCGUGCGCGGCAUCACGCUGGAAGGGGCCCUCACUGGCAUCAUGUACUACCUGACCCCACAGUGGGACAAGAUCCUCGAUGCCAAGGUGUGGGGUGACGCAGCCUCGCAGAUCUUCUACUCGCUGGGCUGCGCCUGGGGUGGGCUCAUCACCAUGGCAUCCUACAACAAGUUCCACAACAACUGCUACCGGGACAGCAUCAUCAUCAGCAUCACCAACUGCGCCACCAGCGUCUAUGCCGGCUUUGUCAUCUUCUCCAUCCUGGGCUUCAUGGCCAACCACCUGGGCGUGGACAUCUCCAAGGUGGCCGACCAUGGCCCCGGCUUGGCCUUCGUCGCCUAUCCUGAGGCCCUCACCCUACUGCCUAUCUCUCCACUCUGGUCCAUCCUCUUCUUUUUCAUGCUCAUCCUCCUGGGGCUGGGCACACAGUUCUGCCUACUGGAGACACUGGUCACGGCCAUUGUGGAUGAGGUGGGCAAUGAGUGGAUCAUCCGCAGGAAGACCUUUGUGACACUGGGGGUGGCUGUGGCAGGCUUCCUGCUAGGCAUCCCACUCACCACACAGGCGGGCAUCUACUGGCUGCUGUUGAUGGACAACUAUGCUGCCAGCUUCUCCCUGGUUGUCAUCUCUUGCAUCAUGUGUGUUGCCAUCAUGUACAUCUACGGGCACCGCAACUACUUUAAGGACAUCGAGAUGAUGCUAGGCUUCCCGCCGCCACUCUUCUUCCAGAUCUGCUGGCGCUUCAUCUCCCCUGCCAUCAUCUUUUUCAUCCUGGUCUUCACAGUGAUCCAGUACCGACCCAUCUCCUACAAUGAGUACGUCUACCCUACCUGGGCCAUCAGCAUCGGUUUCCUCAUGGCGCUCUCCUCUGUCAUCUGCAUCCCCAUCUAUGCCAUCUACAAAGUGUGCCACUCUGAGGGGGACACGCUACUGGAGCGCUUGAAAAACGCAACCAAGGCAAGCAAGGACUGGGGCCCGGCGCUGGCAGAGCACCGCAGCGGGCGCUACGCCCCAGCAUUCAGCCCCUCCACCGAGUCCCACCUGGAGGUGCAGCCCCUGCACCCGGAGAAAGCACGGAACGAGGCCGCGGCUGCGUCCCCUGCUCAGGGCAGCAACGGCUCGGCUCACAGCCAGGACUCCAGACUGUGACCCCCCGCCGUCCCCGCACCCCUCUAACCCCUCCCGCGCGGUGACACUUUCGCACCUUCCGCUGGCGGAGCCUGGCUCCAGGCCGCACCGGAUGGCGGGGGGCUCUCAGCGACCGUCCCCGAGACCCCCGACCUCCUCUCUGGUUAACCCCCUCCCCUCUGUGGCGUUUGUUAACCCCCAUGUUUACGGUAACCUUCAUGUGCGAUGCUGGGACAAGAGAGGAGAGGGCACAGCCCUGGGAGGGCCGGGAGCCAGAGGCACUUUGCAGGGGACCGGUACCCUCAAGGCCGCACAGGUGGAGAGGGCAUCAGGUGGGAGUGGGGACACUGUGGGGGCAUUGUGCCUGGGACAGGACAUGAAUCUCCUGGGCCUGGUCCCACAGGGCCAUGGUGGCAGGGGGUGACGUGGCAGGGAUCCCCCAGCAGUGCAUGGAGCACAGGGGGGAAUGGGGUGAGCACGCUGCCUGCACCAGCAGCACACGGUACAAGCACUUAGGCACGCGUGCGUGAGGGUGAGCGCACACCCCACGCACAUGGGCACGCACACUCAGUACCUGCAGCUGUGCAGGAGGCACACUGUGCAUUGCGCACGCACACAGUGUGCACAACCCCGUCCAUGCAGCACACCCCGUGCUGGGGGCUGCAGUUGUCCCAGCAAAGCUGGGAGCAGCCGUGGGCAGCGUGGGUGCCUGGUGGCCCCGCUGCCUGGCACGUGUUGGGGACCUUCCAUGGUGCUAAGGGGGAGCAGGGUGGAUUGGCCCUCAGCUGCUGCUAGCAAGAGGUACCAGGGGAGGUGUGGAGGGCUGAGCCAGCCCACUCGCUCCGAGCCAUCUUUUGGGUACACUUUGUCCCCAACCAGUAUUAGUGGAGCAGGAUGCGCUGGGAAGGCCAGGCGAUUUUCAAUCUGUCUUCCAACUACAGCCAACGUGCUGUAGCUCUGGGUUUGGGGGAGGAUGGGACCCUUCCCACCCCAGCCGCUCCCCUGCCAGCCAGCACCGUGCUCCCUGUGCCCUGAGACUUGCACAGGGAUUCAGCAUGGUGGGGAUACGGCGAGGGGCAGCAGGGCGCUGAGCCCCGGCAAGGAUGUUCCAGCUCCCGUGGCCCCGACCCGAGCUCCCCCGUCAGGUGUGGCGGAGAGGCGCGGUUUCCUGCAUGGUGCCCAUGCCCUGCCCCAUGUGUCACGACGCUACUGUUCACCUCUAAUUGUUAGCAAUAACGCGUGCGUCCCUGGGUAGCGCUGCCUGUGCCAGUGUCUCUCCCGGUGUAGACUUCUAAAGUAUCCUAGAUUUUAAUGAGAUUUAUAUUCCUGUGUCCGUGUCCUGCUGUGCCCUUUCUUGGGGACCCGGGGAGGGAGAUAGUAGGAGCAGGAGAUCACCUCCCUUAGGUGCACCUUUUCCUCCUUGGGUGGCUGACACCGAGCAGCCAAGAUGGGUAGCAGAGCCCUCUGCAGGACAGGUGAUACCAGGGCUGACCAAGUAGGGACCAGCUCUGAGGGUUGGGAGAGCAGAAGGUGGGACCUUGUCCUGCAGCCCCUGGUUUGAGGGAUGCAGGGGCUGUACCCGCUUUGACUUGCAGCUAGAUGCUGUGAUCUUCCACCUCCUUGCCCAGCAAGCACCACACGGCCAGCCAGGUGCUCUGCCUGGUGCAUGUGCAUCUCCAGCAGAUGCAUGGCAUACCCAUCUCACCAGCUGACAGAAACUACCCUUUCCCCAUGGUGAUCUCCCACUAGGAAUCCUGUGAACUUUUGAAAUUUUUAUUAAAUACAAAAACCCA